AUGCAAGCUGAAUAUCCAAAGAAAGUAAAUUCUCCUUAUUGGGAUAGAGUGCACGUUCAGCCAAGAGUGAGGAAGUUCCCUGACACAGGAGAGUCUAGUGAAACCACUGGACGGAGGUGGCGACGACCGCCUGAAGUGGUACAAGAAUUGAAAGCUCCAGUUCCGGAAGUGAGGUUCUACGGUCGAGAUUACAAUGUGACCAGCCAACUGACCCGAUCACAGACUCGGGAGGAUUUCAAGUACAAGGCUCCAGAAACGCGUAGGUUUAACAAACAUACUGCUUGUACUGAAAAUCUGUAUAUUUAUCCACCUAGUCGAAGGCUAACUGACCAGCCCCUGAUGUGCAAUGCACACGGCACGACGGAAAUGCGGCAUGCAUACAAAAUACCGCAACAUCCACCGACCCUGGUUACUGAAAAGAACCAGCAUAAGCAUCCUGCCUGCCUGCCUGACCCACCAAUGAUAGAGCCAAGUUGGCACAAAGACUUAGAACCUUUGGAAACGACAUACGAAGGAUACGAGAAAUACCUAGACCCUUAUCUCACAACGAGCCGGCUGCAUCAUAGGCCAUAUACAGCAGAGCAGCUGGGUAGGAGAUCUGUAACAAAAGAUAUUGUGUCCUAUCACACCUUGUCCAAAGAGCCCUGGGUGAGAACUCGCAAACCUUCAGCAGAUGAUUGGCAUUUGCCUUUAGAACGAUGUAAAAUUAAGUAUGAAAGAGAAAGUAUCAGAAAGAAUUCCACAUUUUCUCUUCCCAAAGAACAUGUGUUUAGGGAAAUUAUCACUCAUAAUAAGCCUAAGUGGCUGCCAAGCUCAUUUCGUACCGAAGUCCGAGACAACUACGUAUCACCACCUAGCCAGGCCGGCUCUAAUAUUCGCGAUCUUGAAGAGCAAGUACAAACAUAUUACAAACGAAACAUCGCGAAUUUGGAAACCAAUGCCCACUACGAGCACUCUACUAAGGAGAAGUUUGCUUCUGAGACAUCACAGAUUGGGACUGGAAAACCUAUUUGUUCUGUGUUGGAUCAAUUUAAGGAAAAGAACAAGAAGCUUAUUAUGCAGUCAAUCAUGAACUCUUGUUAG